GUUCUGCGUAUCCCGCCCGUGACUCAUCCUUCGAUUUUAUUUCUCCCCGUUGCACGGUUACCCCGCCGGAAGUUUUGAGAUAAAGAAGAACAAGCUUUGCUCGUUCCCUCGCUCCGGAAUAAUAGAGACGCUCUCCUUUCGAUAGACAGAUAUCCCCAGCCCAAUUUCGUUCUAACCUCUCCCCACAAUGGCCUCCGAGCAGCCCCAGGUCCCCGCCAACGGCAACUCCGCCCCGACCGACUUCGCCGUCAAGGCCGGAUUGGCGCAGAUGUUGAAGGGAGGAGUUAUCAUGGACGUCGUCAAUGCGGAGCAGGCCCGCAUCGCUGAAGAAGCCGGUGCCUGCGCCGUCAUGGCCCUCGAGCGUGUCCCGGCAGAUAUCCGCGCCCAAGGUGGCGUCGCACGCAUGUCCGACCCCUCCAUGAUUAAAGAAAUCAUGAACGCAGUCACCAUCCCCGUCAUGGCCAAGGCCAGAAUAGGCCACUUCGUCGAGUGCCAGAUCCUCGAGGCAAUUGGUAUCGACUACAUCGAUGAAUCCGAAGUCCUCACCCCUGCCGACCACCUCUACCACGUCAUCAAGCACCCGUUCAAGGCCCCCUUCGUCUGCGGCUGCCGCAACCUCGGCGAAGCCCUCCGCCGCAUCCAAGAAGGCGCCGCCAUGAUCCGCACCAAGGGUGAGGCCGGAACCGGCGACGUCGUCGAGGCCGUCAAGCACAUGCGCACCGUCAACAGCGAGAUCGCCCGCGCCCGGUCGAUCCUCACCUCCUCGACGAACCCCGAGGUCGAGCUGCGCGCGUACGCCCGCGAGCUGGAGUGCUCGUAUGAACUGCUGAAGGAGACGGCGGAGAAGGGACGCUUGCCAGUGGUGAAUUUCGCCGCGGGAGGUGUUGCUACCCCCGCCGACGCCGCCCUCAUGAUGCAGCUGGGCUGUGAUGGUGUCUUUGUCGGUUCGGGUAUCUUCAAGUCCGGUGACCCCAGAAAGAGGGCUCGCGCCAUCGUGCAGGCCGUGACUCACUACAAUGAUGCCAAGAAGCUUGCGGAGCUCAGUGAGAACCUGGGUGAAGCCAUGGUUGGCAUCAGCGUGCAGGAGAUGAGCGACAAGGAGAAAUUGGCGAAGAGAGGGUGGUGA